GAGCUGCAUGCCUCUUCUCUUGAAAACCGUCUUCUUGAUCAAAUUCGAAUAGUGUUUCCCAAAGCUAUCUUCCCAAUUUGGGUUGAACAGCACACUUGUAUUUAUAUCCAAAUUGUUACUCUAAGACCAGCUGCUCACUAUGGGAGAAUCGAACCUCGUACAGAGCUUUUCAUACGGCCAAAAAUACGCGAGCAUGAAGAGAGCUCCACCACAUUGCCUUCAACCAAAAGUGACGUUUCAUGGGACAGUGCUUCUAAAACCAAAUUGGAUAAAAGAGAAAAAAUGAAGGAACUGUGUGCCAAAGAAAGUAAUUUAAAUAUAGGUGGCCAAGAUCAUACGCCGAAU